CACAUUGUUCCAAUACAGUAGGUCCACGUACUUCCAUGGGCUGGAGACGUAACAUGUAUAAACUGCCCACUGACCGGAUCUGCUAUUUAACAGGUGUAGCACCAAGUGCAACUGUGUCGUUUUUAGACAGGUCUAGCCCGGGACUAUGCGCUCAAUCUGGGGUUUAAUUGCCUUGGUGGCCGCGGCUACUUUUUACUUGUAUCUGCUGUCUGCGUUCCUGCCGCCGGGUCCGCGUGCCGUCCGUGUUCACGACGCGGAACCUGAACACACUGCCGAUGAACCGGAGGAGGAAGAACUCAGGUUGAAGUUCCCGUCUGAUCUGGACGAGUUGAGGGAACUAGCCGAGCUGUUGCAGUUCUAUAAGACAGAACACACUGGCUAUGUGUCCAUCCUCUUUUGCAGUGCCUACCUCUACAAGCAGUCCUUCGCCAUUCCAGGCUCAUCCUUUUUGAACAUGCUGGCGGGGGCGUUGUUUGGGCCGUGGCAUGGACUCCUCAUCGCCUGCACUUUGACUACAGUGGGUUCCACCAACUGCUACCUGCUGUCCCGUACAUUUGGCAAACGCCACAUCGUCAGGCUCUUCCCUGAGAAGGUGGCGAUGCUACAGAGAAUGUUUAUCUGUGUCCGUACGGGUGCCAUCUUGUCUGAGAUCCACUCUUUGGAUGACAUCUUUUCGUGGGGCACCCUGCUGCAGCUCCUGUUGAUCGCCUGUGUGUCUCUACUUCCCGGAGCUCUGAUCCGCCGCUGCAGCCAGGCCCACCUCAAACUUGAUGGCCUGGAGGCCAAUGGACACCAAAAGGUCCUGAAUGAUCGCAAGACUAGAUGACACAAAGACAGACAGAAGAGGAGACUGCAGUCUGUUAAUAUGGGACUGAUCAUUGGUCUGGAGUCACAGUUGAGGAUUUGCUUAUGAAUGUCUGAAUGCAGAGUGAAACUGACAUGGACAGAAAUACAAUUAUUGAAUGUCUAUAAUGAUGAUAAAGCACAAAAGAAGAGACUAUUAAUGUCUUAAAAGAGAACACACUUAGAUUGCUGACAUGUUACAUACAGUGGGUAUAGAAAAGAAUCACCCCCUUUAAAAUAAUCACAUUUUGUUG